CGGAAGCUUCUAGACGAGUGGUUGAUCGGGUACGUUGUGUUGUGUCGGCAGCAAAGACAAAAGUAUUUCACGGAAGCUAAUGGUCGACUGGUUGAAAACCCUUGCUCCAUGAUACGUAAUCACACAAAUUGUAACGCUUCAAUAUAAAACCCAAUCUUAGUGGUCCAAACACAGAAACAAUACGAUCCUCUACCCUCUCUAUAUAUCUCCAAUGGAGUCAGCAACCUUAACCGAGACAAAGUCACCGAACCUCGACCUGACCGUGAUAGAGGCAUCAACAGAGUUUGGGAAGAAUCGGAAACGGUACCAAGACCUCAUCGCCACGUUUCCUCACGAGAAAGGCUGGAGACCUAAAGCUCCCUUGGUUGAAUACGGUGGCCACUGGUUUAUACAGCCUCUCCUUGAAGGCUGCCUUCACGCGCAAGAGUUCUUCCAAGCGCGACCCAUUGACUUCCUCGUCUGUAGCUACCCAAAGACAGGAACCACUUGGCUCAAAGCUCUCACUUCCGCCAUCGCCAACAGAUCUCGCUUCGACGAUUCCUCAAACCCUCUCCUGAAACGUAACCCUCACGAGCUUGUUCCCUUCAUCGAGAUCGAAUUCGCUUUCUUUCCUCAACUUGAUGUUCUCAAAGACGAAGGGAACACUCUCUUUUCGACUCACAUGCCGCACGGGUUACUACCCGAAUCGGUUUCGAAAUCGGGUUGUAAGAUGGUUUACAUAUGGAGAGACCCAAAGGACACUUUCAUCUCCAUGUGGACUUUCUUCCAAAAGCAAAGGGUAGACAAUGGCCCUCUCAACAGUCUUGAGGAGUCUUUUGAUAUGUUCUGUAGAGGUCUUUCCGGCUAUGGUCCUUAUCUGGAUCAUGUCUUGUCGUACUGGAAAGCUUACCAAGAAAAUCCAGAUCAGAUCUUGUUCCUCAAGUAUGAGACGAUGAGAGCUGAUCCUUUGCCGUAUGUGAAGAAAUUAGCUGAGUUUAUGGGUUAUGGAUUCUCAGCUAAGGAAGAGAAGGAAGGGGUUGUUGAGAAAGUUGUGGAUCUUUGCAGCUUCGAGACGUUGAAGAAUCUUGAACCCAACACAGGGGAGAAAGACAGAGAGGACCGUCCUUGUCUUUAUGUGACUAGUGCCUACUUCAGGAAGGGAAAUGUAGGAGAUUGGCAGAACUACCUGACUCCGGAGAUGGUAGCUCGAAUUGAUGGAUUGAUGGAAGAGAAAUUCAAGGGCACCGGUUUGCUUGAACAUGGUAAGUAACCGGUUCUUGGUUCGAGCGAUGAUGGAUCCUUUAUAUGCUUGUGUUUACAGCAGAAGUUGGUUUCUUUUUCUCAUUGGUAUGCAUUAAGUUAAUAAUAAGUAUUGUAACUAGGAAAAAUAAUUUUGUUUGUGUAGCCAAUCGUCUUUGGCUACAUAUGCAUCAAGUUAAGAUAAGUAUUGUAUCUAGGAAAAAGAAUUUGCGUCCUUAGCCAAUCAUCUUUGGCUGAUGUGUGCAAAGUCUUGAUCUACUGCUGCAACCUUGUAUUUCAAACUCGUAUCUAUUUAUGCAGAUAAUAAAGCUAUGCGAUUAUACCAAAA